AUGUUUAAUGAUCCACGAUACAUAACCUUACUAAGUGUAGUAGUACUUAUUUUUACAUUUUUAUUCUGGUGGUGUUUUUCACGGCGACGCCACUUGCGAAGAUCAAUCCUGUUUACUGGUCUUUCUGAUUCUGGUAAGACCUUAUUGUUUGUGAGGCUGGCAUAUUCACAGUACAGACAAACAUUUACAUCAAUGAGAGAAAAUGUAGAGGAUUACUUCACUUCGAAUAAAUCAUUGAAGAUUGUAGAUCUCCCUGGUCAAGAGAGAUUAAGAAAUAAGUUCUUUGAUCAGUACAAAAAUAGUGCUAAAGCUAUUAUAUAUGUUGUGGACUCUGUCACCAUUCAAAAAGAAAUAAGAGAUGUUGCAGAGUAUUUAUACACAAUUUUAUUGGACCCUGUAGUCCAGAGAAACUGUCCGCCACUCCUCAUCUUAUGCAAUAAGCAAGAUCAACCCAUGGCUAAAGGAAGUCAGGUUAUUAAGAGCCUUCUUGAGAAAGAACUUAAUUUGGUACGGGUGACGAAAUCCAGCCAGUUGCAAUCAGUGGAUCCAUCUCAGUCAAACAAUUCCACAUAUCUGGGCAAACUUGGAAAAGAUUUCGAGUUCUCUCACCUUAGCUGUCGGGUUGAUGUGAUUGAAUGCUCUGCCAGCACUGGCAAUGAUGACAAUCCGACCGACGUCAAGGCUUUGCAAGAUUGGAUCUCAAAACUUUAA